UUUUUUUUUAAGGGGGUGGGGGUGGGCGGCGGGUGGGGGGGGGCUCCGCUAUGGAGGCAAAUGGGAGCCAAGGCACGUCGGGCAGCGCCAACGACUCCCAGCACGACCCCGGUAAAAUGUUUAUCGGUGGACUGAGCUGGCAGACCUCACCAGAUAGCCUUAGAGACUAUUUUAGCAAAUUUGGAGAAAUCAGAGAAUGUAUGGUCAUGAGAGAUCCCACUACGAAACGCUCCAGAGGCUUCGGUUUCGUGACGUUCGCGGACCCCGCAAGUGUAGAUAAAGUGUUAGGUCAGCCCCACCACGAGUUAGAUUCCAAGACGAUUGACCCCAAAGUUGCAUUUCCUCGUCGAGCACAGCCCAAGAUGGUCACAAGAACAAAGAAAAUAUUCGUCGGCGGGUUAUCGGCGAACACGGUGGUAGAAGACGUAAAGCAAUAUUUCGAGCAGUUUGGCAAGGUGGAGGACGCAAUGCUGAUGUUUGACAAGACGACCAACAGGCACAGAGGGUUUGGCUUUGUCACAUUUGAGAAUGAAGAUGUGGUAGAGAAAGUCUGCGAGAUCCAUUUCCACGAGAUCAAUAAUAAAAUGGUAGAAUGUAAGAAAGCUCAGCCGAAGGAAGUCAUGUUCCCACCUGGGACCAGAGGCCGGGCCCGGGGACUGCCUUACACCAUGGACGCGUUCAUGCUUGGCAUGGGGAUGCUGGGCUACCCCAACUUCGUGGCGACCUAUGGCCGCGGCUACCCGGGAUUCGCUCCCAGCUAUGGCUACCAGUUCCCAGGCUUCCCGGCAGCAGCCUACGGACCAGUGGCAGCAGCGGCUGUGGCGGCGGCCCGAGGAUCAGUCCUGAAUAGCUACAGUGCUCAACCGAAUUUUGGCGCGCCCGCUUCCCCGGCAGGCUCCAACCCGGCGCGGCCCGGAGGCUUCCCGGGGGCCAACAGCCCAGGACCUGUCGCUGAUCUCUACGGCCCUGCCAGCCAGGACUCCGGAGUGGGGAAUUACAUAAGUGCGGCCAGCCCACAGCCAGGCUCGGGCUUCGGCCAUGGCAUAGCUGGACCUUUGAUUGCAGCGGCCUUUACAAAUGGAUACCAUUGAGCAGGUGCUCUCGCUGCCAUCUCACUCCGAGAGCAUCCCUGGAUGUCCAGGCAAGACUGGGCGAAGUUUCUGAGUGGCCCUUUGUUUAGGUGAUGUCAUCAGACCUGGACCCCCACCAGCUCACUCCCCACCCCAACCAGAGAUGGCUCACUUCGGAUCAGGUGGCCGGUAUCUCAUCACCUCACAGUUCUGCUGUAAUAUACGACAACAGCUUCUCAAUGUGUAUAUAACCCAUGAUUUUGAUUUGGUUUGGUUUUUCUUGAUGGUUUCCCACUUCCCCCCCCCCCAACCACCACCACCACCACCCUCCACCCCCACCUUUCUCCUUUUAAAUCUCUUUGAAUCACAUUUGAUAGUGAUUUUGACGUAGUCCAGUAGUCAUAUAGCUUUACUAUCUAGUUAAAAGCUAACCAUAGUAGAAUUGUUAUCUUUAAGGUAUCAUUUUUUUCUUUCUAGAGAAAAAAAAAAAACCAAACACUUUUCCCCUCCGCCCCCACCCCCACGCUUGUUUCAAUUCUGUUCUCACUUUUAAAGGAUGCUGAGAUGGUAAAAUGGCUCUCAAAUGUUUUGGUACCAGUUCUGAGACUGUCUGAACCUCCAGGUGGGACUCGGGUGCACACAGGAGCAGCCGUGGGGCGCAGAGCGGGAGUGGGGUGUCAGCGCUCCUCCACGCUGCGUUGUGUGCCAGUGAGAUGGUUAUCAGCUGAUUCCACAAACUCGCUAGCCGUUCUUUUUCUGUGACGUCUCUUUGUUCCCCGAGUCUCUCUCUUUUCGGCAAUAAGGGAAGGAUGACGUGGGCAAUGUUCUCCUUCCUCUUGAGUGCUUUUUUUUUUUCUGUUGAAAGAGGUGAUAUUAUAAGGGUUUUUCUUUUUUUUUUUUUUCAAUUGUGAAUUCUGCAAAAGAAAUGUUGUAAAUACAAUUCCAUUAACUACAUAGAAACUAUUAAGAAAGAGAGAAUCAAAAAAAAAUGAGUAUUUUUGUGAGGGAGUCGGUUGCAGGCAGCGCGAGGCUCUUGGGGUGAGGAGAGCGGAGAGCGGAGGCGGGUGGGUGCCGAGCUGGGAGACGGGCCUCGAGCUGCCGGCCGCCCCGGGCAGUUAGAACACUGUUUAACUCCUUUUGUCUAUGUGUUAGACCUAAGAAAUGUAUUCGUGUCAUACCAGCAUAUUAACUUCGUCUGUGCACAGCUUCCGGUGUUACCGUCUAGUUAGAUUUUUAUUUAAAAUAUGAAAAACUGCUUUUCCCAAGAUGUUUUUUAAAGACAAAGCUACAAUUUUAAUAUUUAACAUAUUUAAAGUUUCAAAGCACACCUGUUUGGCUUGGGUGGGGAGGGGUGGGGACAUUUCUUUCUCGGUCUUAAUUUUUAACUGUUUGAUCAUUUUCUAUUGUCCAAUCAUUUCAGCACCUCCUAAGGUCCCUAGGACCCUCAGCCUCUCUACCCCCGCCCCCGCCCUCCCCCUCCAAACGGGUCCCUAGUUGUGGGCACCCUCGGGUCAGGAGUGGGCAAGCCUGCAUUCAUGAAAUCUUUCUUUCUCCAUUGACUCUCCAUCUACAAAUUAGGAAAGCACCCUUUUUGGUUUAUAUGUUGUUUUUUUUUUUUCAAUACCUCAGUGCUGCAAGUAUCACCAGAGAGGCUAGGGAAGAAUUCUUUCUUUUUUUUAAUUUAUUGUAGAUGUAAACAGAAUUUUAAAGAUUAAAAAGUAUAAACAUCGCUGCACUGUGACGGGUGGGGAAAACUGACAGUUUCCUGUUUGCACAUGUUGAGCAUUUUGGCUGUUAUAAUAUAUGGUCCUCAGUCGGGGAAAGAGACUUAUGAUGAAGGAUAUUUUUUAAUUUAACUUUUUUUUAAUAUUGGUAAUAGGUCGGCAACAGCAACUAUAGAAGUACAACUCAAUAGAUGGCAUUAAAACAUAUUGUAGUGUGGAUAUAUAUUUUUUUCUUUUUUAAAAUGUGAUAUUGACGUUUUAUUAAUAUUUUUAAAAUUGUUACGUUUAUAAAUUUGGUACUUAAGGCACAGCCAGUAUGAGACACUGAAUGCGACAUUUAUUAUAAAGAGCUGCUGCACUCCUAUUUUUAUAAAUUUUACUAACAAAGUAGACUAAUGUAGACAUUCACAGACAUGGUAGGGAAAAAGCAUCUUCCAACAAAAGGCUCCAAAAUGCUAACUCAGAAUGGGAGGGGGGAAAAAAAAAGUCUUUUUCAAUUCUAAUUAAAUAGCAACAACUUUUUGUUUUUGUUUUUUAAAUCAUGUUAUUUGUUUUUCCAGUGAGAUGUUAAGUUGUUUGGUAUAAGGGUGGUUUUUUUUUUUCUUGUUUUAUUUCCAAACAACCAGGUUAAAGUGAAAUGCUGGGCGCUUUUAAAAUAUUAAAACUCGUUCAAGUUAUAAAAUAACAAAACAAUAGGUUUUCUUUAAAAACAAAAAAGAAAAAAAAUGAGACAAUGAGUCCCCAGCAACCCGUGUCUCUGACUCGGGUGCCUGCGGACGCUUGGUCCACGUUGGAGAUGUUCUCUGCCACCUUCCUUUCUCCGCAUCCCCCAUCGCCUCAUACAAGACCCUCGGUUGACCGUGGUCUGUUAAUAAUGUAUAAAAUGGCUAUCUUGUAAGCGUGCUGUCCUGGUACUAGUCUAGUGACUUUGUUUCUCCUCUUUCUUCUAGUACAUAUUGAUAGGUAUAACGUAAUUAAGGUUUAAAAAAAAUUAGACAUAGUUAUUCAGAUUUAGGACCAGUAAGGAUAGAACUUUCUCUUAUUUAUGGGGGAAAAAAAAAACUAAUCAUUUUGGGGCAGUUUUUUCCUUUCCAUUUUUUUUUUCGAUUUCAAGUUUUAAUUUUAUUUUUUGCUGAUCUGAUGUGGUUUCAACUAACCCAAGGUCUCACGAUGUCCCAUUGCCGGCCGACUCGGCCGUGUUUUGUAGAUUCCCACCCCGCUGUGGACGGGGUGCGCCAUACUACCUUAAAUGCUAAUGCUAGAUAUGCAAAACUGGAUUUUUUUAAUUUAUUUUUUAAAAGAGGGAGGCAUGGUAUAUUAAAAUGAUUUUACUAAGAGAAAAAAAAUAUUUUUUUAAGAAUGCUCAGAAGAAAUUGAUAAUCUGUGUGAAUAUGUUUUAGAUGUUUAUAAUACCUUUUGACGAGACCCCCCAGUAGCCCAUAGCACAAAUCUUGUGGAAAUCUGAUCUGUUUUCAUGUGGCUACCUAGGUUAAGGUUCACGUUAGUUCCCCCACUCAUCUAGAAGUCCAUUCUGAACGAUUUUUGUGAAUUAUUUUAGCUCCGACGUUCAGCCUGUCUUUGUUUCAAGUUGAGCUCAAAGGCGAACACAGGAGCCAUCCCCGCCUUCCCCAGGGUGGGGGGACCCUCUCUCGGCUGAUGGCUUUUCCCCGGAUUCUUAAAGUAGCCACCGGGUGACUUUCUGGCUUCCAGAUCCAUCUGCCUGGGAACCCCCGUCCCAAUCCCCCCAGCUCCUCUCCUUCCAAGCCCAGGAGAGUGAGCGGCUUUAGCUCCUGGACCACGCGUUCCUGGUUCUGCCUGGCCACGGAGCUGACGGGAUGGCCCAGCUCGCUGCAGUGUCAUCGCUGAGGAGCUGGCUGACCCGCUUGGUGGCCGUCCUCACAGCCAUUGGGAAAACGAAACCGCCUCACGCUCUCUCCUACCCGCCCAUUGGCUUGAUUCGAAUGAAAUCCAAACAGGCCUUUGCGUUUCUAUCCUUCAUAGCCCUUCAUCCUAAUUUGAACUCGUAGCUUGGACUUUAAGGUAGCAUGGCUCUGUUGCUGUCAAUCUACUGCUCCACUGCACAGCAAUUCACAGCCAGUGAAUGUUACACACAUCUUGCUAGACUAGUAGGAAAAUCAUUGGGUAAUUGUUGGUUCUAAUGACCUGAAAGGUGUUCAGUUUUUUUUUUGGUUUUUUUUUUUUUUUG